AGCACGUGGUUGUCGUAUGUGUUGACUUCGGCGGGACAAUGAGCGGGAUAAGCGUGGGUCCCUCUCCGAAUUGGUAUUGUAGCCGAAUUAUCGAUUGUAAUAAGGAAAAUAUCGUGGCUUACGGUGCCAGAGGGAACGUCUGUUUGUUAGACGGCAGAGAAUUCCCUCCGAAAUAUUUAGACGUCAUCUCUGCUCAUCAGGAUAGAGUGACGUCUUUGGCAUUUUCGUCCUCGGAUCAUCGGUUAUUAGCCACUGCUGCCGAAGAUAAUAAAGUCAAGAUAUGGAAUGUGUACACUAAGGAAUGCUUGUUUUGUGUGACAAAUAUAGAAAAAGUGGUUUGCGUCGAUUGGCAUACAGGAUUAGAUAAUGUGGUUUACAUAGGAAGUGAAAAGUCGGGUUUAUUUGUUUGGGAUGCCGUCAAGAAGUCUCUUGUGCCGUUAAAGACUAACGAGAAAAGUUCCGUUCUCGUAAUAAAAUCGUGUCCGUACGAUUCAAAUUGGAUUGCGGUUGGAUAUAAAGGAGGAUUGGUUGCCAUUUUAAGUGUCUGCAAUAGCCAAAUUAUCAAAAAGUUUAGAGGUCAUGAUAAUGAUAUUAUUUCUUUGUCGUGGUCAGUUUGUGAUAAGGAAGAGAAUGAUGCUUCCCUCGGAUUUCUUUCCACCAGCAGUCGCGAUAAAUCAGUUCGAAUUUGGAAUAUAGAAAAGGAAAAAUGCGAUCAUGCAUUCACGAUACCUCAGAUUCAUAAAACUAGUCAUUACGAAGAAUCGAACCGAAGUCGUCACUGGUCUUCCGUGAUUUGGUAUCCGGAUUCGACCCAGCUGUUGUUAUUAACGACAUUUACAGGUGAGUUACUUAUCUGGGAUCUAAAAAAGAAAGGAAAGAAAAAGUGGGAAGUGUUCAAAACUGAAGAAACCGAAGGACACAACAAAUGCAUUUUUAAUGCUUUAAUUGUGAAAUCUAGUAGAGAGACUGUCUACACAAUUUCUCUUGAUCGUCAGAUUGUUUUGUGGGACCUGAACGAAAAGAAAUCAAUAUGUUCCCUGCCGACCAUCGGAGGAUUUUGCUAUGCCUUGGAAGUGUGUCCUCAAGAUGUCGGACAGUUAGCAGUGGGUUCUGGCGAAGGCAUAAUUCGCAUUCUGAAUACGACGAAGCCCGGAAUGCCGUGCAUAAGUACUUUUUGGCAAGGAAUUAAAGGAAAGGUGAUAAAUCUCUCCUGGCAUCCGAACAAGGAAGGUAUGUUGGCGUUCGGCACCGAAGAAGGAAGAGUCGGUAUCAUCGACACCAUUGGCAACAAGCCACCGAUAAUUUUUAAGUCUUUUCAUAAAGAAAGCGUAUACAGAGUCGGAUGGGGACCGGAUUAUAAAUUCUUUAAGCAAAAUUACGAAAGUGACUCAAAAAAAAAACUAUACUUGUAUUCCUGUGGCGAUCGCAUCAUUUAUAUACACGAUCCGUCGGACAUAAAUUCUCACGCGGCUAAUUUUGACGAGUUUACAGCUUUGACGAAUCGGUCUUACGCUGCUUUGUUGCGAACUGAUUUUGCAUGGAGGUCAGAUUUUUCUGUUAUUGCUGUUGGAAAUACAGAUGGUACUGUCGAAAUAUUCUCGGGGCAAAAUCUUCGACUGUUGGCCCGGAUUGUCGCACAGAAGAAAUUAAUCAACUGCCUGAGUUGGCAUCCUCAGUUUACCGUAAUUCCAGAUUCUUCUUGUUGUUCUUGGUUAGCCAGCGCUUCAAAUGACUCUAUUAUUCAUGUAUACGAAUUGCUUCCAGUUUUAAACAGACCCGAAGACGAUGACAAAGAAUUCGUAACCAUAACCGAUUCUGUUUAUCAACUGACCGGUCAUCAGGCUCGAGUCGUUUCUGUAUCCUGGAGUUCUCAUUUUCCCGGAAGAUUAGUCUCUGCGUCAUAUGAUAACACAGUACAGGUGUGGGACACUUUGAAAGGUAAACCUCUAGCCAAUUAUAGAGGACAUAGAGGAAGAGUGUACAGUGUCGCCUGGAGUUUUCUUUCUCCGAAUGACUGUUUCAGCGGCGGAGAGGAUUAUAGCAUGCACUGUUGGGAUUCAUCUAAACAGGAACAUAAUUUGCCUCCUUCUAAACAAUCCAUCAAACAAAGUAAGAAGUUGAAGAAAGAACAAGUGUUACCUAAAUUAAGUGAAGAGGAUAGUAAAAUAGUUCAAGAGUUGAUAGAAAGGAAACUUGCCAUAUUAAGAGCUGAAAAGGAGAAAGAAUCGACUACAGAUAAUAUAACAAAAGUGGAUGGAAAUGCUCCUACAGAAAAUUCCAAUGCUAUACAAACAGAGGAUUCUUGCAACGAGAAUGAAGGUACAGAUUCGGAAGAUGAUGCAUCCUUGCAGGAGAGUUGCUCUGUGACGUCUAGUUUGUCGCUCGUCAAAAAGAGUUAUUCAUCCAAGAAAAAAUCUGGCAAGGGAAAGAAAACCCAAAAGUCGUUGUUUCCGUAUUCGUCAACCUUAGAAAACAGGGGAAAAAAGUUCGGUAACGAAGACUGUAUAUUUCUGAUGGAUCUCCUGACCGAGGAGAAAGCCGAAAAUAAGGAAUUGCGAGCCGGCAGUGAUGAAGCAACCCAUCUGGGAUUGUUUUCGGAUAGAGCAGCGGCCUGGAGAAUGUUAAGUUCCGAAAUAAGUCAACAUAAACAAUCCAACAAUCUAGAUUAUGCUCUGCAAUUAGAAAUAUGGAAAGGAAAUGUAGGCGAUGCUCUUAGAGAAGCUGCGGAUAAAAAUAUGUUAAACGAUUAUCUGGUUUCUCUAGCUCCAUUGGGUUCUCGUGAACUCUGGCUAGAAAUGGCAAGCAGAUAUGCCGAACAACUCGUUGCGAAUGGAGCAAUUCAGAAAUCGGUGUUAUAUCUACUCGCCUGUCACAAAAUUUAUAAAGCCAUCGACACUCUUCGAGACCACGGCUACUACAGAGAAGCGCUUGCUCUCGCAAAGGUUAGAGUCCCUUCGACGGACCCAGUUAUACCCACCAUACUGAAGGAGUGGGCUUUUAAAGCCAAUAGAGAUAACAACCAUCAUCUUGCUGCCAAAUGUUACUUGGCUCUUCGAGAAUACUCUCAAGCGGCAAGACAGUUAGCCAACAUUACGGAUCCGAUGGCGAUGCAGACGGCAGCGUAUGUCAGUAAGAAAAGCGGAAACAAAAACGAAGCUCAAAGUUAUAUGAUUUCAUCUAUCAAGAUGGCAUUAAAGAGACAGGAGUGGGAUAUGGCAUAUUCUAUUAUAUCUCAACAUAUAGAAAUACAACCCUUACGACUAGUUGUCGCAACUCAUAAAUUUAUUUGCGAAUACUUCGAAGUUUUGCAACAUUCCAUGGAUAACCUAGGUUGGAUUUGUCCGUUAGAGUUUAUGAAUGAGACAGAAGAAACGACAAUAUGGAAAGGAGCGGUAUUUGACGAUUAUCCAUUUCUGCACAGAAUUAAGAACGGGUGGAUUGCAGAAAAUCUAUUAAAAGUCGACGAGGACGAAGAAAAAGUGGCCGGUUAUUAUCAGUUUAUCGAAUCGGCUCUGGUUUCUCAAUACACUUCCUCCGUUAAAGAGUACUACAUCAUGCUAGCUGUCGAACUAUGUUCAUUAUUAUUAAUCUGUUGGAAUAAAGAUAUAACGAACGGAAGUAUUAAAGUUACCUUGCUGAGACGACUGAACAAGAUUUUCUCUCUUGGCAACGGUCACUUCUCUUUAAACUCCAUCUGUCUCCUCUUAUUUCCUGAAGAGAUUAAAUGGUCUGCAAACAAUGGCAUUCGCAUUACGUCCCCUUACAAAGAAAAUAUGUUGAUGAUAAGUGCGCUAGAAAAUAAUCUGGAAGAUUUAAUUGAAAUUAAAACAAAUGACAGACUUCUUGAUAUUGAAGAUAAUGCAAUUAGUAGUGAUGCAUUGGAGGAGCAUUCCUAUAAAAGAACGGAGUCAUUUAUAUCGGGAUAUUUCAUGUUUAACCUUCUGUGUUUGCUAGAAAAGACUGUCAAAAAUUUUCAAAUUUUCGAAUGUGACACACAUAAUGUCGGAAACGAAAUUCACAAGGGAUGUCUAAGAAAGGCCAAAUUAUUUAUGGACCUUUUACAGAAAAUUAAGUCAUCAUUACUGAUUGAACUUCACACUCAACAUAAAGUAAUUAGUAAGAAAUUAACCAUCCUGAAUCAAAAGAUUGCCAUGUCGAAUUCCGAUAAACUUUAUAAGUUGCACGAAAAUGAAUUGUCCGGAAAGACAAGUGAACUACAGUUGAGGAAUGGAACCGCACAAAGUAAUUGCUUUGAUGAGGAACACUGCAAAUUGAAGAAAGAACAGGAGGAAAUUUUACAAGAAUUUCAAGCAUUAGAGAAGUUAACAUAUGGUUAUUCGUUUCCAGAUCCCAUAUUAUCAGCCAAGAAGAUAAUUGACGUCUGUAAAGAAUUUAUCUCAAACUGCUCUUGUAAUUCUAUUUGUGAAACAUUAAGUGACUUUUCAAAUGAUAUUCACUUAUGGUUACAAAAAUUUGAUGUUGAUUAA